GGCGCCUUAAUGAAUUCAAAAUUAAGCAAUUGCACCUAUACCCCCCAAAAAAACCCCUUUCUGCUCAAUUUGCAACAAGAUGUCAGAGACGAGCAACGCGAAAUCUCCUUGCGAAAAUCUCUUCUCGUCUCUGAUUUCCGAGAUCAAAUCCUACAAUGGGAUGGAUCCUCUGCUUCCAUGGCUUCGUGGGAUAAAGAAGAUGAAGGAGACGCUGCCGCCUCAGCUUCUGAAAGAGAAACUUCCUCGAUUUCUCCAGAAAUGCGCCGAGACUUUCAUGACCGACCGCCGUUACUCCAACGAUUUGCGAUACCUCCGCGUUUGGUUGCAAUUGUUGGAUUUUGUGGAAGAACCAAGAGCAGUGUUGAAAACAAUGGAGAUGAAUCGGAUCGGGCUGAAAAAGUCUCUGUUUUACCAAGCGUAUGCCCUUUAUUAUGAGAAGAUGAAGAAGUUUGACGCAGCGGAGAAAAUUUAUCAUCUGGGGGUGCAGAACCUUGCAGAGCCCGCUGAUGAGUUGCAAAAGUCAUACGAGCAGUUUCUCUAUCGUCUGGAGCGAACAAAAAAAAAGAGAGUUCAGGUACAGGGAGGGGAUACAAACAAGGGGAGAUUGAAGCGCGAUGAGGUUAGAAGUUGCAAAGAGAGUUUGCACAAAAUGGAUGGUCAGCCUGCAGAUAUCCGGUGUAAAGAUCAUUUGCUUGGAACAGAAGCUAAGUUCGUGAAUAUUGGAAAUAAGGUGUCACUCCAAAGCUCCCAGAAUGAAAUGCUUGUACAUGAAUCAAAUCGUAAGCACAUCUCUGCAACAUCCAGUAAUAUUGGAGUACUUGAUGAAGAACUUUUUAGAAAGGUAGUUGUAAGUGAUUCCCGAGUUGAGGUCAAAGUUGGACAAGAUGAAAACAAAAAACUUUGUAGUGAUGACACGGUUGUGGUUAGGUUUGUAGAUACUGCGAUUGUUGGAAAAUCCAAUGCAGAAGAUGCACGGCAUCAUGGUCUUGUUGAACCUACGAUUAAUACAAAAGAGGCCAUGAAUGCCAUUAAUAGCAUGUUUCGACAGCCAUUAGAACCAUCAAUCUCUGGCAGGACAAGAGCAAAUAAGUCCAGUGCUAGUGGCAAUAUGAAGAAUGGAUUUAGGGUUCUUACUGAUGAAAGCUUAGAGUCGCAGCAGAACUCUUCAGAGGUUCCAUCACUGCCCCAACUCACACCACCUGACACUAAUCAGCCUCUGGACGAAUCAUUUGAAAUAUACGUGGAUGGCGAGGAAACUGUUGAUAUUAAAGAGGAAGUAUAUGGAAAAGGUAUACCAGCUCAAGACACUAAUCCUGUUAACAUAUCUAAUAGUCAUGCUUCCGUGUUUGCUAGACCAAAUGAUCACCCUUCAGCAUUUAAGGACCCAAAUCCUAGGAGGCCAAUCCAAGCUGGGAUCCGGGAGGAUACAGUAGUUUAUAGGUUUGUAGGAUCAACCAUUUCAGAUGAACCAGAGGUGGAGAAUGCUUGGCAUCAUGGCCUUGUAGACCCCACCAUUAAUCUGAGGGAGGCUAUGCAAGAUAUUAAUAGCAUGUUUGGAAAGCCAAUUGAAUUUACAAGGAAAAGAAGGCCAAGGAAACACGUCGAAUCACCUGAAGUGAAAGAUCAUAGUGGAGGGUUUCUAAUACUUCCUGAUGAUGAUGAACCAGAUGAUACAAAGGCUGAUGCUGCUAGUGGUUUCUUCCAAAAACCUCUAAAUAUGGCUUCGAAAUGUAACCCUGAUCAGAGCCGAAAUAAAAUGUCAGAAGAUAUGAGCAAUCAUUCUGGGUUUUUAAUUCUUCCCGAUGAUGAAUUGGAUAAUCAACAAGAGAGCUCCAUGCCAAGUUCAUCUACUAGAAACGACAGUGAUUUAUUUGAACAAACUUUGUGCACCAAAGAGGCAAUGGCUGAAAUCAACAAAUUGUUUGCAAUGCCAAUGGAUUUUUAAAUGCCUAUGACACUAAUGGUGGCUGCUUCAAUAGGCUUAGCUCCGCUCAGGUGCCACGUACCGUAGGUCUCACAGCUUUGGCAGUAGACGACACCUUCGACCACGACGUCAGCGACCUUCUCUGCCGGUUUUGGAAGCUGCGGGGCUGUCUCGUUGGCGUUCAUCAAGUGGGGGAGCAGGGUGAGAAAGAGGAAAGGAAUUAUAGUAAGGAAAUGACGGUUUGCCAUCUUUGAGAUGCUACGAGGUAGGGUGACUUUUUCUCAAGAUUGUGUUAUGAAUUGCUGAGAGUAUUGCUGGUAUUUAUAGUUUGGGUUGUGGGGCUUGAAUUUGGGCAUAUAUGAUUCCCAACGUGGUAACAACUAAAAUUCUAUUUGUAUAAUUUGGGGUUCACGUUAUUGCCAACGUGAUGGCCACCUUCAUAUAUAAUAUAUGUGUUCUGCCUAUAAUUUAA